UUGCCAGCUGAGAAAAAGGAGAGACCUCCUGAUAUGUGUGCUGGCUGCCCCAACCCAUUACCACUGGACAGCCCAGAAGUGAAGAAGCUUCUAGAAGCUGCUUUGAAAUCAUAUAAUGAAAAAAGCAACAGGGACUUCUAUUUCAAAGUUGUAGCAGUCCUGAAAGCUACAUCACAGGUUGUGAAUGGAAUAAUAUAUAAAGUUGACUUCAAAAUUCAGCAGACAAAUUGUUCCAAGGCUGUGGUUGAGAAGCCAAAUGAAGAUUGUACUGCUGUGGAAGACGGUGAACUGUUGUACUGCUCUGGCUCGGAGUUUCAGGAAUUCUCAAGUGAACUGCAGUCAAUAAUCGACCCUCUAGUGAAGUGCAGUGAACAACAACCUUUACAGCAACAAGGUUCCUGCAUAGUUGAUAUCUAUAUUAGUGGAAACUCACUGGUGACUACUCAACAGGAGUGCGAAGUUCAAGUUGAGGAAAAGGCUAAGUCUCCAGCUUAUAAGUGCAGUGCUUGCCUCAUGCCCAUUCCACCUGACAGCCCAGAACUGAAGGAGCCUCUGGAAGCUAUUAUGAAAUACUUAAACUGUUCUAAAGGUGUAAAAGUAACCAAAGCUACAAAACAGGUUCUGUCUGGAAUUAUUUACAGAAUUGACUUCAUAAUGCAGAAAAUCUAUUGCUCCAAGCCUGAGUUCCAGCAUCCAAAUGAAGAUUCUACUGCUGUAGAAGAUGAUAACCUGUUGUUCUGCCAUACCUUGGCUGAUGUGAAACCCGGGAAGUCAACUGUCAUACAUCUAAUUACCUGCACAGACCAACCACCUUUUCAGCUUGCUUCUAGACCUCCUGGUUUUACCCCUUUCACAAGAAAGUGACCCCUCGUCAAAAAAGAAAUACAAGAGCUGAGGAAGAAUUUCAUCCUGCUUCCAGAAGAUCCUAUACUCAGGGAAAUAGAAACGGACACAGACAUGGGCAUAAAAAACCAACACAGAUUCUUUCCAAAGAAGUUGAAGCUAUACAAAUGGUAUAGCCAUUUGUCAACUCCAAGUCAAUUGCUCAUUUCAAAGUAUUUUCUGAAAGAGGAAGUGGCCAAUAGAUAUUUUACUAUCUGAAGGUAACUGGCAGACAGUCAAACAAGAAAUUUAAUUCAGUCAGCUCAGCCAGCAAACGAUAUGCAUAACUGUCUUCUGGAGUAAACCAGUGUCACUUCCAUUCAAAUCUGGUGAGAAAAUAAUUCCUUGGAAGAGAAUACAGCCUUUGCAUUCACCCAUGGGUGAAUUAUGUUGUUUCACUGUAAUCUAAAUUAGCCAGGCCUCUUUCAGUGAAAUGUUAAAUGUGAGCUAUUUUCCUAUACCUGAUUGCAAUGAUUAUUUUGUGACAAAUUUGUAGUAACUGCAUAUUCAGUUCAUCAGUACAAUUGUAUUAAUUAGUCCACUCUUUCUACUACUGGCAUGCCGUACAUUUGAUUGCACACCCUUCCUUGGCUAUCACAAAUAAAAGACAAGUAUCAAAGCA